AAUCCUAUAAAACCUACAUAGGGUUUCAUUUCCACCUCUUUACACUAUCUCAAGGAUUCUGCCGCCAUCCUCCCUUCACCGGAGAUUUCACUCUUCAGUUAACAAUGACUACAAGUUUGAGGAAGAACAGAAAGAAGAGGGGUCAUGUGAGUGCUGGACACGGACGUAUCGGAAAGCACCGAAAGCAUCCUGGAGGUCGUGGUAACGCUGGAGGUAUGCACCACCACAGGAUCUUAUUCGACAAGUACCAUCCUGGUUACUUUGGUAAAGUUGGUAUGAGGUAUUUCCAUAGGCUAAGGAACAAGUUCCAUUGCCCAAUUGUGAAUGUUGAUAAGCUUUGGUCGAUGGUGCCACAAGACGUGAAGGAAAAAGCUAGUGGUGAUAAGGUUCCUGUGGUCGACGUUACUCAGUUUGGUUACUUUAAAGUGUUGGGUAAGGGAGCUGUUCCGUUGGCUCAUCCGAUGGUUGUGAAGGCCAAGCUUAUUUCCAAGACUGCUGAAAAGAAGAUUAAGGAAGCUGGUGGUGCAGUUUUGCUUACUGCUUAGGUUUGUUUUUCCGGUUUAUGAUGUUGGUUAUGAUUCCGUUAGUUAUGUUGGCAGAGUACUUUGUUUUGCUGAAUUUGAACUUGCAUUAUAUUGAAGAAGUUUUGUUUCAGAUGCUUAUAA